AUGGACUCACAGACAGAAGCAACAAGGUUUCGUGAUAGGAAAGGACUUAUAUCUCAAAAUAUUUUAGCUGCAUGCGAUCAUGAUAGAAGGUUUACAUACAUACUAUCUGGUUGGGAAGGAUCUGCUUCAGAUUCUAGAAUAUUAGAGGAUGCCAUUCAUAGACAGGGUGAAAGCAAUAUUGAAGAAGAAGAUGAGUGGUUAGAUGCAGAUGAGAGAGCUGCAGGGCCUAGUUCUAGUGUUCAACCAAACCAACAAAUUGAUGAUGAUGAUGAUGAAGUUGAGGAUGAUUACAGUGGUGAAGCCCUUAAUGCUGAUCAACUCAGAGAAGAAAUAGCGACAACAUGUGGGCUGACCGGAUGA